AUGCAUGAGCCGGCCCUUCCUCAGAGCCUUCCACCUCCGCCCCACUUCGGGCUCGCCGCCAGCUCGCGCCGGCGGGCUACGUGCCCGGCAAACCUGAAGGGAGAAGCCAGGCCAGCGUCCGAUGCUUGUGCGACGCAGGGAACCACUCCACUGCCGGAUGGCCGCCAUUCGACGCAGAAAUCCCUCCCCAAGGGAAACAUCUACGACCAUCCGAUGCAGUACAUGAUCGUUCUGCCAGAGUCGCGAGCGUCACAAGGAAGAAGCUCAAGAGCGCAGGGCAUGGUGGGACAGACAGGCGUGCCUGGAUGGACACAGGAGCUGCAGGGCAGCUGCUCAUCCAGAAGACAGCGCCAGCAGAGCAUGCUGGAGGAGAAGCUGGCGGAGCUUCAGUCGAGGGAGCCGGAGCGAAGUCACCGACAGAGUCACAUCAGUGGCACGGAGCUGCAGAGCGUGGCCGGUCACCCUCAUGCAGGCAGUGUUGGAACUGCAUGCCGGAAGAGCGUUGUGGAGGCCAAGCGGUCCCAGCAGAGGCAGUGGCAUCAGGAGCUGCAGAGGGUGCGCCAGAUGGAAGAAGCUGGCACCCAGCAGCUUCGGCGUCGUGAGGAGCAACCUCGCAGUGACCAGUGGAGUGAGCUCAAGCUCCAGGAGCAGCAGCUGAGAUCGAAAGAGUUCCAGGUCCAAGAGGUGCACCAAAGGAUGCGAACCGCAGCUGGGCCUCCAGCAGUCCAGGCAGAGCUGCCAAGAGCCCUGCAGCUUCCCGUGCAGACCUCUGACGUGGACCCAGGCGGUGCGAAGUCUAAGGCGAAUGGAGAGGCUGGAGGUCAGACAGAAGGCCGCCGAGCCGGCCGACAGACCUUGCACAGCUGCCAAGUCCUCGGUGUGUCACCAGAUGAUGGCCCAGAUCUGAUUCAGCAGCAAUAUCGGCGAAGCGCUUUGAGAGACCAUCCAGACAAGGGGGGGAGCCACGACCAGUUCACACAGCUGCAAGCCGCCAGAGACUACAUGGAGGCACGUCAGUCCAAUUUCAGCCGCGUGGAUACAGGGAGACUUCAGGGAGAGGAGCUUGAGCAACGGCGAGCUCUGUCGGCAGAGGGCCAGCCACCGUCUCAGCCUGCGAUAGCAGAGGCCGCAAACCUCUGCGCGGCUCCACCGCUUAGCACCAGCGCAAGCUCGUCCCCGAGGAGCAUGGAGUGCAUGGCAAAGCCCCCGGAACUCACAGCCCCUGCGAUGCUUCAGGACUCUCGCUGCGCUGCAGCCGCACUCCCUGUGACGGCAGCCAAAGAAGAGCGAGGGAUCAACUCGAAGCCUGAGCCGACACCGCGGCCGACGACUCCCAUGGGUCAGAUGAGCACGGAGCUGUGCGCAGUCCCAGCAGAAACUCCGAAGGUGCGGAAGGAUGCCGAGCACUACGAGAUGAUGGUCGACUUGACAGGUGAGAUGCCCGUGCACAUCGCCACGAGCCGGCCCUCCCUGAGCCUGGCAAGCGUCAAAACGCCGACCCGCCGUCCGCCACGGGAAGAGGAGCGCCCUCAACCUAGCAUUGGCUUGGCAUCGAACGCGCGUUUGCAGAAUGCUGCUUUGGCGACUGACGCGCCUCCCCCGCCCCUUGCACCACCUGAGCAGCCCUCGCAGAGCUGGGACACCGAGUCAGAGGAUGUCUCCGACGUGGACGGGCUUGGGACGGACAUCGCCAGCUUUCCAACCCUGCGAGCAAAUCACAGCUCACGGCGGAGCACUCUGGCGGUCUCAAAGGCUGAACGCUCCAUGGCCCUGCCUCCCGCGCCCACCGAAAAGGUCGCUUUUUGCGGCCGUGAUGCUGUUCGUGGGGAGCCACCACGGCAACGACAGCCCUCCAUCGCCAGUCAGGCCCCGUCGAGUGAGGGCGAGGCAGCCCAGACACCAAAGCGAAGGUCACCUGGGUGGCACACCCUCGACAGCUGUGAGGUGCUAGGCGUCACUCCAGACGAUGGCUACGAGUCCAUUCAGAAGCAGUACCGUCGGCAAGCCCUGCGACAUCACCCGGACAAGGGUGGCCGUGCCUCACUCUUCCGGCAUCUCCACGAUGCUCGGGAUUACCUUUCGUCCAAGCAGACGCGGUGGCAGCGCGCGGCCACAACGCAGACAAGGCCUCCGCCGCGGGAAGCCACUCGCCCAGACCACGAGGCCAAGGACUGGCAGCGCUCAGACGCGCUGGAGGAGGUGGCCAGUGAGCACGGCAGCGUGGACAUGGCAGAGGCGAAGUCGCGGCGAUGGCAGCGCAUGACGGGAUCCACAGAAUACCCCGCGUCAUCGUUGCGGCGAACGAGCUCUACCAUUUCCGAUGAUGGCACGUUGGGCAAUCCUUCCCCUGUGUCUGCCCCUGAGCUGCGGGAGGCAUUCUCUCCCCAUGGUGGACGCUUUGAGGACGACGGAGAGACUGACCUAGGUUUGACAGCUCGGGCUCCCGCAGCAGCUACUUGGAGGCACGAUCUGCAGAAUGCUCGCCAUGAAGAUGGCUUUGAACUGCAGGGUGCGCCGAGAGUCCCAUGGAGCCGACAGGCCUUGGAGUCCAGUGUGCACACUCACUUGCGAACCAUGGAUGCUCAUUGUGCUGCUCUGACACGCACAUACCAUCAGUUGGCGAGCCUGCAUGGUGAGCUUGGCCAAGCUUUCGUGGACCUACGGCAUGCUUGGGCGCCUCUGCACGAUGAGGCUGCGGUCUGA